AACCUCCUUAAUUAAGCUAGAGCUAAUAAUUAACCUCACUAAAUAUAUUCAAUGCUUCUCUUUCUCCAUCGCCUCUAUAAAACCAUUCUCCUCGCAGGAGAAAUAAUGAAAGGUUAAGAGACAUUAAAAUAAAAACCCAAAUAAUUUCAAAAUAUUUUUUUAGAUAAUAUUUUGAUCGGAUGGGGUUCUUACACAAGCUGUGGGAUGACACGGUGGCCGGACCAACUCCAGAAAAUGGUCUGGGAAAAUUGAGAAAGCAUGUUUCAUUAGCCACUGUCCAAUCUCCUCCUCUCUCCACCGAUCAAGUCACAAGAAGCAUUGUCGUUACCAAGGGGAAUAACAAUGUUCGUGGGCUCCGGAAAUUGAAGAUGGGUCCGGGUCGUGCUCCGGAUUCUCCGACCGGGUCAAGGAGCACCCCGAGAACGCCUCUAACCCCUGGGACACCAUGUGAUAAUUUUGGACCAUUCAGCGCCGAUAAAACCCCAUCCGCUGGUGAAGUUGAUGCCUCGAGUUUCACUACUUAUGAAUGGAUUGUGAUAAACGCAUUGGACCGUUGAAGAGAAAGAGAAGAAAGUUCUACGGGUUUUUGUGUGUAAAUAUUAAUAACCUAUGCAUGUAAUAUGCAAAAAUUUACUGAUAUGGUAACUGUUAAAUAAUGUCUCUUUUUAACAAUGAUUUAGUAUUAUAUAACAAACCAUAAAAUUAUUACAACUAUUACAUAAAUCAAAAGAUAAAUACUUGGACCAAGUUGACCAUUACAAAACCACGAUAUAAGACACUACCUCCCUCUCAGACAAACAACAUGUCUAGACCCCAGGAAAUUUGGAACCCAAACCCAACCCCCUUUUAUUUCAACGUUAUUUUAUUGCUUGGCAUACAAGCCAAGUAAGACUCAUAGGUUACAAACCAAGAAGCAUACAUAUAGAAUCAACGACUUCAAAUGAGAGACACACAUACAUAAGAGACUCUGAACAAGGUCUAGAAAAA